AUGGCUACUAAAGACCCACGUUGCAAGCCGCAUCGCCGAGACUGGAAUGCCAUUGAAACUGAAUACAUUCAGGGCUACCUUGAUGAAACAGGAAGGCACUUAUUUCCUACCAAGGCUGAUAUACAGAAUAAAUAUAAUAUUACAAUGCAGGUAAUAACCAAGCGCGCCAAGGAAAAAAGCUGGGAUAGACGCAGGGAAGAGUUUCAGGCUGAGCUCCAAAAGAAGACUGCUGAAAGACUGAUGGCCGAAAUAGCUAACGGCGGCAAAGGGCUUAAUCUGAAUUUAUACAAGAUGGCAGCUGAUACUGUCUCCCGCUGUCAUUCGCUGCUACCAUACGCAGGCACAGGACAAGAGAUUAGGAACCUCAUAGGCGCAGCUAAAGACGCACAGGCUAUCGCUUCAGGAAUACUGCCUACUAAAACCCCAGAGGCUGACAUCAUGCAGAUUAACGUAAGGGGGGAUAUAAUGUCUCAGAUUGACAUUUCAAUUGACCCUGCUAUCAUUAACAAUGUUUACCUGUCUCAUGUGGAUGAUGAACACAGGUAUCAGAUAUUCUAUGGUGGCUCCUCAUCUGGCAAGUCUUACUUCCUGGCACAGAGACUGGUCAUAGACAUGCUGCGUGGCGGGCACAACUACCUCUGUUGUCGUAAGGUCGCUAGAACUGUACGUAAAUCUUUGUGGAACGAGAUACAGAAGGCGCUCAGCUUCUUUAAUGUCUCCCACCUAUUCAAGUCCAAUGCCUCUGAACUUGUCAUUACUGGUCCGAAUGGCUGGCAGAUACUAUUUGUCGGUCUUGAUGAUGUAGAGAAAGUAAAAUCAAUCAGCCCAGCCAAGGGCGUUAUCACUGACAUAUGGGUGGAAGAAGCCACUGAAGCUGAGUAUUCUGACAUAAAGCAGCUGGAUAAGCGUCUACGUGGACAGUCAGUAGUGAAAAAACGACUCAUUCUCAGCUUCAACCCGAUAUACCAGCAGCAUUGGUUGUAUCAACAAUACUUCGCAGGACACUGGGCUGACGACUCAACCCGCUACGCUGAUGACACGCUUUCCAUUCUGAAGACAACAUACAAAGAUAAUGGCUUCCUCAUGGAAGAUGAUAUUCAUGCAUUGGAGUCAGAGUCUGACCCUUACUGGUACUCAGUCUAUGCAUUAGGUAACUGGGGUAUUCUGGGCCACGCGAUAUUCCACAAUUGGACUACCUCAGAUCUGUCUGACACUGAGUUUGACAGCUAUGUCUAUGGUCUUGACUGGGGGUUCAGUAAUGACCCAACCGCUAUUGUACAAUUACAUUAUGAGCGCAGGACUCAUACCCUAUACAUCAAGUUAGCUGAAUAUCUUCAUGGCUACACAAACGAUUUAAUAGCUGCAGAGGUGAAGAAACUGAAUCCAGAUCUUAUUAUCUGUGACUCCUCAGAACCCAAGUCAAUAGCUGAAUUGAAGAGACAUGGUUUGUGUGCAAUACCUGCUACUAAAGGGCCCGACUCUGUUAUGUACGGCAUAAAGUGGCUAUCCAAACAGCGCAUUGUCAUAGAUGCCUCCCUUCGUGACGCCAUAGCCGAGUUCACUACGUACAAGUGGCUGCAGGACAAAGAUGGUAAAGCACUUCCUAAACCGGAGGAUAAGAACAAUCACUGUUUGACUGGCGACACUCUGGUGCAUACCACAAACGGUAUUCUACCUAUAAGAGAGCUGGUAGGUACUACUGGUAAAGUCUACUGUUAUAAUGAAGAAAAGAAAUGUAUGACCACCUCUAAAUACAGGGAUUGCAGGCUCACACAAAAAGAAGCCCCUAUACUUCAAAUAGAGCUUGAAGAUGGGCGCGUGUUAAAAGCCACUGCUGAACACCCUGUGUAUACUCAGCGUGGUUGGGUUACUGUAGGGGAACUCACAGAAAAUGAUUCCAUUUUAAAGCUAGAGUCUAUUAAUACACAGCUGUUAAGGGUGACAGAGAUUAAGCCUGCUGGUGUAGAGGAUGUUUUCAAUCUGGAGGUUGACUGCUAUCACAACUUCUGUGUGAAUGGCGGGUUAGUAGUCCACAACUGCAUCGACGCUAUCCGCUAUGCCUGCCAGUAUUUAAUGACUGAGCCUGACGAACCUGACCAGACCUUGAAUCAAGUAUCAUGGCCAAAGGCAGGCGCACUGUAA